CCUCACAUCUAAUACCUCAUUAAACGCCAGGCCUUCAGAGAGAGGGAGAGAGAGAUGGGUUUCAAGGUGGAGCAAGUUCUUCACAUGGUCAGGGGCGCCGGCGAAACUAGUUACGCCACCAACUCAAGGCUCCAAGAGAAAGCGAUCUAUCGAACGAAGCCCAUAUUGGCGAACGCCAUCGAAGAAGUGUAUAAGGAGUUGGUCCCUGAGCAUAUGGUCAUUGUCGAUCUCGGUUGCUCUUCUGGUCCCAACACCUUCAUUGUGGUCUCUCAGGUACUCAACAUCAUUGUUGAACUCCGUCGUAUGAUGGAGAUGAAGAAGCCGUUGGAGGUGCAAUUCUUUCUGAACGACCUCCCAGGGAAUGACUUCAACUAUGUCUUCCAAUCCCUACAUAAGUUCAAGAAGAAAGUGGAGGAGGAGACUAAGGGGGAGUUGCUAGUGCCGUAUUAUGUGGUCGGAGUGCCAGGAUCAUUCUAUGGAAGGCUUUUUCCUCGUGCGAGUGUCCAUUUCUUUCAUUCUUCCUACUCUCUAAUGUGGCUCUCGCAAGUACCCAAAGAACUAGAAAAUGAGCAAGGUGUUCCAUUGAAUAAAGGAAAUAUCUAUUGGACAGAGACGACGCCACAAGUAGAAAAAGCAUACAGAGAGCAAUAUCAAAAAGAUUUUUUGACAUUCCUUAGGUCACGAUAUACGGAAUUGAACAUUGGAGGUGGGAUGGUGCUGACGUUUCUAGGAAGAAGAAAGAGAACUCCUGGGCACGGUGACUUAUGUCAUCUUUAUGGACUACUUGCUGAAGCUCUUAAUUCCAUGGUCUUAGAGGGAAUCUUACUAGAAGAAAAGGUUGACACUUUUAAUUUGCCACUUUAUGGACCUUUUCUUGAAGAUGUGAAAUCAAUGAUACAUCACGAAGGGUUGUUCAAUUUGGAUCGAGUAGAGAUCUUUGAAUCAAGUUGGGACCCAUUUGAUGAUGAUUCACAAGAUCAUUCUUUUAAUUUUGCUCUACCAAACUACACAAAAAGUGCAAAAAAUGUGGCGGAUUGUAUUCGUGCAGUGUUAGAACCGUUGAUUGUGCAUCAGUUCGGGGAUGUCAUACUUGAUGAUUUAUUCACACGAUACACACAUAAUGUUUCUAAGCACCUUAUCAAGGAGAAAGCCAACCACACCAUUUUAGUCUUUGCCUUGAAAAAAUGUAUUUGACAAGGAAAAUUUAGUAUUCUUAUUCUCAA